GAUAGUUCAUUGUUCUUUGCUCAAAAAUGGAUCAAAUACAGCAAGUGAAGAAUAUGUCAAGCACUGAAGACGCUAAGAAAGACCCGAAUGACUGGCUUCCCAUCACCAAGUCUAGGAAUGCGAAGUGGUGGUAUUCUGCCUUUCACAAUGUUACAGCCAUGGUUGGUGCUGGGGUCCUGGGCCUCCCUUAUGCCAUGUCUCAACUUGGAUGGGGUCCCGGUGCUGCUGUAUUGAUCCUGUCAUGGGUUAUCACUCUAUAUACACUGUGGCAGAUGGUGGAGAUGCAUGAAAUGGUGCCUGGAAAGAGAUUUGAUAGGUAUCAUGAGUUAGGGCAGCAUGCAUUUGGUGACAAACUCGGGCUUUGGGUGGUGGUUCCCCAGCAACUAAUGGUGGAAGUGGGUUCGAGUAUAGUGUAUAUGAUUACUGGAGGGAAAUCUCUGAAGAAGGCUCAUGAUACUAUCUGGCCUAACUACAAAGAAAUCAAACUUACCUAUUUCAUUAUGAUCUUUUCCUCGGUUCACUUUGUCAUCUCUCAUCUCCCCAGUUUCAACUCCAUCACCGCUGUCUCUCUAGCCGCUGCCGUCAUGUCCUUGAGUUACUCGACUAUUGCGUGGGUGGUUUCAUGGCAUAAAGGGGUUCAACCAGAUGUGCAGUAUACCUCAAGGGCUUCAACAAAUACUGGGCAGAUGUUCGACAGCUUCAGUGCUCUAGGAGAUAUAGCUUUUGCCUUCGCAGGGCACAGUGUGGCGUUGGAGAUCCAGGCAACAAUCCCUUCCACACCAGGGAAGCCUUCCAAGAAACCAAUGUGGAAAGGAGUGGUUGUUGCUUAUCUUGUCGUCGCUUUGUGUUACUUACCUGUUAGCUUCGUAGGUUACUGGGUGUUUGGAAACAAAGUUGAGGACAACAUACUCUUAUCACUAGAGAAGCCUCGUUGGCUUGUUGCCGUUGCUAAUUUGUUUGUUGUCGUUCAUGUCAUUGGAAGCUAUCAGGUUUUUGCAAUGCCAGUGUUUGAUAUGAUGGAAGCAUUCCUAGUCUUGAAAAUGAAAUUCCAACCGGGUCAGCCGCUUCGCUUCAUAACACGAAUUCUAUAUGUUGGAUUGACCAUGUUCAUCGCAAUGACAUUCCCAUUUUUUGGUGGGCUUCUAAGUUUCUUUGGAGGAUUUGCCUUUGCUCCCACCUCAUAUUAUCUCCCCUGCGUCAUGUGGCUUGCUGUAUAUAAACCAAAGAAAUUCAGCUUGUCAUGGCUCGCAAAUUGGAUAUGCAUUAUCCUUGGCGUUGUGCUGAUGAUAUUAGCCCCCAUUGGAGCAUUAAGGCAGAUAAUACUACAAGCCAGGGACUUCCAGUUUUACUCUUGACUUCACUGCUUA